CUUUCCAGCUUAAUCUCGAAAACUUCCUCUCACAAACUCGAUCUAUUUCUGUUCUUGCCAUAAUCAGCCAUGAUUACCGGCAAGGAUAUCUACGAUGUUUUUGCAGCUAUAGUGCCUCUCUACGUGGCUAUGAUCUUAGCUUAUGGCUCGGUUCGGUGGUGGAAAAUCUUUACGCCGGAUCAGUGCUCCGGCAUCAACCGAUUCGUCGCCGUUUUUGCAGUUCCUCUGCUCUCUUUCCAUUUCAUCUCCUCCAACGACCCUUACGCCAUGAACUACCGUUUCAUCGCCGCAGAUUCUCUUCAAAAAGUUGUCAUCUUAGGCGCUCUUUUUCUCUGGAAUGUCUUCACUAAGCAAGGAAACCUUGAUUGGAGCAUCACACUCUUCUCACUGUCCACCCUCCCAAACACCCUCGUCAUGGGAAUCCCUCUUCUUAAAGCCAUGUAUGGAGACUUCUCCGGCAGCCUCAUGGUUCAAAUCGUUGUUCUACAGAGCGUUAUUUGGUACACUCUCAUGUUGUUCAUGUUUGAAUACAGAGGAGCUAAGCUUUUGAUAUCGGAGCAGUUUCCUGAGACUGCUGGUUCUAUCACUUCCUUUAGAGUCGAUUCCGACGUUGUUUCGCUCAACGGUAGAGAACCUCUUCAAGCCGAUGCUGAGAUAGGAGACGACGGUAAGCUUCAUGUGUUGGUCCGAAGAUCGGCUGCUUCUUCCAUGAUCUCUUCGUUUAAUAAGUCCAACUUGAUGACUCCGAGAGCGUCUAAUCUUACUGGAGUUGAGAUCUAUUCAGUUCAGUCGUCGCGAGAGCCUACUCCUAGAGCUUCAAGCUUUAAUCAAACAGAUUUCUACGCUAUGUUUAAUGCCAGUAAAGCUCCGAGUCCCAAACAUGGCUACACCAACAGUUUUCAGAGCAAUGGCUAUGGGGAUGUGUACUCGUUGCAGUCGUCCAAAGGACCGACGCCGAGGACGUCGAAUUUCGACGAGGAGAUGCAGAAGAUGCAGAAGAAAAGGGGAGGGAGGAGCAUGAGCGGCGAGCUCUUCAAUGGCGGAUUGGUUUCUUCAUACCCUCCUCCAAACCCUAUGUUUGCCGGGUCCAGUGCCAGUACUACUGCCGCCGGCCUGAAGAAGAAAGACAGCGGAAGCGGCGGCGCUGUCAACGGUAGCGGUGGUGCACCGAACAAGGAGUUACACAUGUUUGUUUGGAGCUCCAGUGCAUCCCCAGUCUCUGAAGGAAACCUGAGACAUGCAGUUAACAGAGCAGCCGCCUCUACUGAAUUUGCCACCGUCGAUCCCUCCAAGGCUGUCCCGCACGAAACUGCAGCCUCAAAAGCUAUGCAGGAGCUGAUAGAGAGUGGAAGGAAAGGAAGCGGAGAGAGGGAGGGGGAGAUAGAAGAAGGAGUUAGCAAAUCGCCGUACAGUUGCCAGACGAAGAAGGUGGAUAUGGAAGAAGAAGAAGGGAACAAGAAGCAACAGAUGCCGCCGGCGAGUGUGAUGACGAGGCUCAUCCUCAUCAUGGUUUGGAGGAAGCUCAUCAGAAAUCCUAAUACCUAUUCCAGUCUCUUCGGUGUCGCUUGGUCCCUCAUCUCCUUCAGAUUCAACAUCCAAAUGCCAACCAUUAUAAAAGGUUCCAUUUCAAUUCUUUCUGACGCUGGUCUAGGAAUGGCCAUGUUCAGUCUAGGUCUGUUCAUGGCAUUACAACCCAAGAUCAUAGCGUGUGGGAAGUCUGUGGCUGCAUUUUCCAUGGUCGUUAGGUUCUUGACUGGUCCUGCAGUGAUUGCUGCCACAUCCAUAGCCAUUGGUGUUCGUGGCGUUCUUCUCCACGUCGCCAUUGUCCAGGCUGCUCUUCCCCAGGGCAUCGUUCCCUUUGUGUUUGCUAAAGAAUACAAUCUGCAUCCCGAUAUUCUUAGCACUGCGGUUAUAUUUGGAAUGCUGAUUGCAUUGCCCAUCACAAUACUCUAUUAUGUGCUUCUUGGACUGUAACAUACUAAUACAUAUAUAUGCCUGGGCAAGUGGAAAUCCACAAAAAUUGCCCAACAUCAAUAGUGUGUGUGAAGCCAAGUCUGGGAGAAUUAGUUUUCAAGAUAUUGGAUUUGUAAUUGUGAAGGAAGCAAAAAGUUAAUUAAAAUAUUUUUAGGCCCUGCUCAGUCCAAUUUAUUUAUUUCUUUAGUUUUGAUAGUUAGCUAGCUAGGUACACCGUAUGAAGCACGAUUCAGAUUCAUUCAAGAGGGUUAGUAUUUUUAUUUCUUUGUAACACAAAUAUCAAUGUGGUAAAUUAUUGCCUUUUUCUCUU